AUGUGUACAGGAGAGUGUUCUAAGUUUGUUGCCAUCCCCCUCUAUGUCUUGGCUGCAGUGUCAGUCAUCUGCAACAUCAUGCUCUUCUUCCCUGACUUUAAAACAGAGUAUGCAGCCAAAGACAGUUCAGGAUCGGACCAAAUCACUGAAGAAGUCAAAUAUAUGGGGGGCCUGAUAGGAGGAGGAAUCUUGGUCCUCAUUCCUGCCAUCCACAUUCAUUUAACGAGUGGUAAAAACUGCUGUGCCAACCGCUGUGGGAUGUUCCUGUCCAUUGGUUUUGCAGCAGUUGGUGUAGCGGGGGCUGUGUACAGUCUGAUUAUUGCUGGCCUGGGCCUCACUAAUGGGCCAUUGUGCUGCACUGGAACUGUAGCCAAUUGUAAGUGGGGGACACCUUUCAUGAACAGUAGUGGGAGCUACCUGACUGACAAGGACCUGUGGAAAACGUGUGUAAAGCCUGAGAAUGUAGUUGAGUUCAAUGUGGGACUGUUCUCCACGCUGCUAGUGGCAGCAGGCAUUGAGCUCAUCCUCUGUGUCAUCCAGAUGGUCAAUGGACUGUUUGGAUGUAUCUGCGGUACCUGUGCCAGCAAGAAGUCUUGA